AUGGCCCUGCGCUCCGGCCCCGCGGCGCUGCUGCUGGGCUUCGGCCUCCUCGGGCUGCGCGCCGGAGUGUCGGGCACUGACACGGAGGAGCGGCUGGUAGAGCAUCUCCUGGAUCCCUCCCGGUACAACAAGCUCAUCCGCCCAGCCACCAACGGCUCGGAGCAGGUGACGGUACAGCUCAUGGUGUCCCUGGCCCAGCUCAUUAGUGUGCACGAGCGGGAGCAGAUCAUGACCACCAAUGUUUGGCUGACCCAGGAAUGGGAGGACUAUCGGCUCACCUGGAAGCCUGAGGAGUUUGACAACAUGAAGAAAGUUCGGCUCCCUUCCAAACACAUCUGGCUCCCAGAUGUGGUUCUAUACAACAAUGCGGACGGCAUGUACGAGGUGUCCUUCUACUCCAACGCCGUGGUCUCCUACGAUGGCAGCAUCUUCUGGCUGCCGCCCGCCAUCUACAAGAGCGCGUGCAAGAUCGAGGUGAAGCACUUCCCGUUCGACCAGCAGAACUGCACCAUGAAGUUCCGCUCGUGGACCUACGACCGCACGGAGAUCGACCUGGUGCUCAAGAGCGACGUGGCCAGCCUGGACGACUUCACCCCCAGCGGCGAGUGGGACAUCGUGGCGCUGCCCGGCCGGCGCAACGAGAACCCGGACGACUCCACGUACGUGGACAUCACGUACGACUUCAUCAUCCGCCGCAAGCCGCUCUUCUACACCAUCAACCUCAUCAUCCCCUGCGUGCUCAUCACCUCGCUGGCCAUCCUUGUGUUCUACCUGCCGUCGGACUGCGGCGAGAAGAUGACACUGUGCAUCUCCGUGCUGCUGGCGCUCACCGUCUUCCUGCUGCUCAUCUCCAAGAUCGUGCCGCCCACCUCCCUGGACGUGCCGCUCGUCGGCAAGUACCUCAUGUUCACCAUGGUGCUCGUCACCUUCUCCAUCGUCACCAGCGUGUGCGUGCUCAACGUGCACCACCGCUCGCCCAGCACGCACACCAUGGCGCCCUGGGUCAAGGUCGUCUUCCUGGAGUGGCUGCCCACGCUGCUCUUCAUGCAACAGCCGCGGCCCCGCUGCGCUCGCCAGGGCCUGCGCCUGCGGCGGCGGCAGCACGAGCGGGAGGCGGGUGCCCUCCUCUUCCGGGAAGCCCCCGGGGAGCCGCGCGCCCGGCCCGCGCGAGGCGGGGCGGGGGCGGGUGGCUGCGGCCUCCGCGCGGCGGUGGACGGCGUGCGCUUCAUCGCGGACCACGUGCGCAGCGAGGACGACGACCAGAGCGUGAGUGAGGACUGGAAGUACGUUGCCAUGGUGAUCGACCGCCUGUUCCUUUGGAUCUUUGUCUUCGUUUGUGUUUUUGGCACCAUUGGCAUGUUCCUGCAGCCUCUCUUCCAGAACUACUCCACUGCUCCCUUCCUGCACACAGACCACUCAGCUCCCAGCUCCAAGUGAGGCCCUCCCGCUCUGUGCCGCUCCACCCCUUGCCCUCUGU